CCUCUCUUCCUUUUCUCCCACUUCACCACUAUCAGAAAAAACCAAAAAGCAAAUAUGGACGACGAGGAGCGACAAGCUAUUAUAAACAACAUUCCAGAAUGCUCUCAAUUUGAAGGUCAAAAAGAAAAUGUCAUGCCACGACGACAAGGCCGGAGUGCAGUCGCAUUAGCGAGUGUCUAUCGAACCACAACACAAGAACGCGAACAACAGUUGCAAGAUGGCCAUGACCAUUUUACACGGGAAUUAGAAGAUAUUGAAGAACACGAUGAUCCGCUGGACGUAUAUUUACGGUACAUUCAGUGGACUGUCGAAAUGUAUCCAGAAGGUCACAAUCAAUCAUCGGAUCUACGUGGACUAUUGGAAGAAGCAACACACCGCUUUCAAACAUGUGUACGAUACCAGCAAGACCUUCGUUACUUAAAAUGCUGGAUUCAUCAUAUCGAAUACCUGGACAAUCCUGACGAAGCGUAUCAGUUGCUGAUUCGGAACAACAUUGGUCAGAGCUUGACCCUGUUUUAUGAAAAGUACGCGGAUUAUCUUGAAAGCCAGAGGAAGUAUAUGGAUGCCAUGACCAUUUAUAAUAAGGGGAUUGAGCAACAGGCGCACCCGAUCAAGCGGAUGAUACGCAAACACAAACAAUUUCUCGAAAGAGUCGAUCAGCAACGUCGAGAACAACAACAGAACACAACUACUAUGGCCAGAACAGAAUCUAUCAACGACCGUGUCCCUCUCGCCUUGAAAUACUCCAGUGCCAGCGCUAGUAGCAGCAUUGGAUCCUCAAGACCAACAUCAUCUGCGUCACGUCAACCACAAUUUUCCGUCUAUUCCGACCCCGAUAACGAUUCCAAUUCUGCCAUUCCAACAUCAUCGACACGAUCAUCCUCACUUGUCAAUAACUCGACCCAACGAAUUGAAAACCAACCGCAAGUUACCCAAUUUGCUGGAACAACAUUACCACAAAAACAAUACCAACGUCCUAAACCAUCAUCUUCUUUCAGCGUAUAUCGAGAUGAUGAUCCCAAAAACACUAGCACAAGGAAAGCAUCAUCAGCACCACAAGCACCGCCGUAUCUUCAAAAACGUUUCGCACAAUAUCAGUCGCUAUAUAUAUUAUCCGAAAACUCAAAAGGAAAAUCAGAGUACAUUGCAGCUACGAAGAAAUGCGUUGGUGGAAAAGGAUCAGACGUUCCAAUCAGUUUCGAAGAGUUGCGUUAUCGGCACUAUCAAAAAUUGUCAAAAAAUUUCGACAAAUUAAUCGAUUUACAAUCAAAACAAAGUGAAGAACAGCUAUCAGAUCCAAAGGCUGAAGACCCGCCAGAGGAACAGACCCAAGAAGGACGGGCAGCGGACAUGAUGCUUGAUUCUUGGUAUUAUGCUCCUCCUGAUGACCGAGACGAAGAAGCAAUCUCCUUUAGCUAUGCCAAUGUCAGACACAAGCAUACUGACGAGAAUGCCAUGCCCACAAAUUCAACAAUGGAUAUAUCGCGUCAGUCACUGGAUUUCAACGAAACAUUGAUUGAUACAGACGAUGAGGAUAUGGACAAUGCGAUGCGGCAAGAAGCUUCAAAAGUACCUCUGAAGCGACCACGAGCAUUCCAGAAUUAAAAUGUCAUCUUUCUCUCGCAUUUUCUUAUUUGCUCAUAUGUAAAUCUUUCUGCAUUACGUGUUGCCACACUCACAAAUAAAGGAGUGGUGCCUGAAAAAUCCAAGUGACACGUUGCAGCCUUCUGGAUAU